AUGGACGCCAUCUCCGAAAAGGCCGUGCUCGGCGGGUCUGCCCUUGUCGACGAGAAGCUGGCACGGCAUACCGUCACAGCAAAGUCAUCCAAGUCAGAAUUGCACCUCCAGGGUGUUCAGGCGGAAGUGUACAGCCUGGACCCUCAAGCUGACCGCCGAUUGACAAACAAGAUCGAUCUGAAAGUCAUUCCGAUUAUGGGCCUGCUAUAUCUUAUUUGUUUUUUGGACAGAACCAACAUUGCCAACGCUCGCCUAGCUGGCCUUGAGAAAGGUCUCAAUAUGCCGCCUGCUGGUUUCAACACUGCGCUUUGGAUCUUCUAUAUCCCCUUCGUCUUAUUUGAAGUGCCGAGUAAUUGGCUUAUGGCAUUGAAGUGGAUCAAGCCAAACAUAUUCCUGGGUGCACAGAUGCUUAUUCUUGGAGUGUUGGCCAUGUGUCAGGGUUUCACCAGAUCCUAUGAAGGUCUUCUCGUAGUACGAUUCUUGAUGGGUGUAGUCGAGACCGGAUUGCCGGCGGGAGCUGGACUGCUCAUUGCGUCAUACUAUCGGAAAAAGGAGCUGUCUCUACGAUUUGCAUUAUUCUUCGCCUUUGGGCAAUCAGGCUCUUGUUUCAGCGGUCUGCUUGCUUACGCACUUAUGGAUUUCAAUGGCGCCUCAGGUCUGGCCGGUUGGAGCUGGAUUUUCAUCGUAGAGGGUCUCGUCACCAUUGCAUUCUCGGCGUUUGUAUUCGUCUUUACUCCACACUUUCCGGCUCAAGAUAGGUGGUUGAGUAAGGAGGACCAAACCCAGCUCUUGGCAAGACUUCAACUCGAUAAGGGCGAUGAGAAGUCACAUAUGGUCAAGGUUGAUUGGCCGAAGAUUGUCCUCGACUACAAGAUAUGGCUACUGACUGUACUCUUCUUCUGUGCCGACAUGUCAGCUGGGUCGCUCAGCUCGUUCAAUCCCACAAUCCUGAGUCAGUUGGGAUGGACAGAGCGCCGUGCCCAAGUGAUGACGAUUCCAGUAUGGAUCAUCAGAAUCGCGGGUGCGCUAACAACGACGCUCUUAUCGGGACGUCUUAACACAAGGUGGCCCUUCAUCCUUCCAGCUAUCGUUGUCAGCAUUCUUGGGUGGAUCUUGCACUUGAAGCAGGUUGAUCCACCAGCGGUACGCUAUUUAGCACAAUUUGCCAUCAGCCUUGGGACGUUUGUCCAGAUGCCUAUGUACAUUGGGAUACUGACAGCUAAUCUCCGCGGACGCGCCCACCAGUCAUUUGGGACAGCUGUGUUACUUGGCAUCGGCAACUGCGCUAACUUUGUGAGCAGCAAUGUCUUCAUCACUGCGCAAUCACCUCACUAUCCUGUCGGAUUUGGUACGGGAUUGGCCAUAACAGCGCUUAGCUUUCCAAUCAUGUUGCUAACGAUGGUUAUAUUCAUUGCCCACAACAAAAGUAUUGAUCGGAAGAUAGCUGCCCUGCAACCAGGCGAAGAGCUUGACGAUCAAACAGACUACAAAUUUGUCUACUAG